AUGAACCCCUAUCUGAGCUGGGCCAUCCUGCUGGUCGUGGCAGGUGGUCUCGGAUGGUAUUACACCAACGGCUCCGCCCCGAAAGUCAAACCCGUCGUGCAGUCCACCGUCGAAAAGGCCCAGCCCGCUCCCAAGAAGCCCAAGCGCAAGACAAAGGCCCCCGAGGCCGCUUCCGUGAAGAAGACCGAAGUCAAGACUGUCGUUUCUCCUCCGACCACCGAGGAUGAGAAGCCCGAUGAGGAUAUCGACCGGAAGGAAAUGGCUCGCCGCCUGGCUGCCAUGAAGAACGGCACCUCCCAGGCUGCCGCCCCCACCAGCAAGAGCCAGAAGAAGAAGGCGAAGAAGGCCAACAAGCUCGAGGGCGGUUCUCACGCCUCUUCCACCACCGGCGCCGAAGCCGACGACGAUCUGUCCCCGGCUGUCUCUCCCCAGGUCAAUGCCACCGUGCCCUCCGCCGGAUACGUCUCCGACAUGCUGGAGGCCCCCGCCCCAGGCGCAUCGGUCCUCCGUGUCACUGGCAACGUCGAGCCCGAGCCCAAGAAGGAGAAGCCCCAGCCCUUCAAGCCCGCGGAGACUAAGAAGCAGCGCCAGCACCGCCAGAAGCGGGAGGCUGAGAAGCUGCAGGCCCGCGAGGAUGAGAAGCUCCGUGUGCAGAUGGAGGCCAAGCAGCGCAAGGGCGCUCAGCAGGCCCGUGAGGCGGCCGAGUCUAAGGUGCCCGCUGCGCCCACCAACGCCUGGAAGCAGGCCACCAACGGGGCCUCCAAGCCUACUUCCUCCCCAGCUCCCCGUCCCGCCCCGGUGCAGCUCCUCGACACCUUUGAGGCCACCCCGGCUUCCAACAGCUGGACCCAGGACCUUCCUUCCGAGCAGGAGCAAGAGCGCCUGGCCAAGGAAGAGGGCGCCUGGACCCAGGUUGGUAAGCACAACAAGAAAGGUGCCAACAAGAAGGCUGGCAAGGCGGAGGAGAGCGUCAGUGAAGCCAGCGCCUCCGAGUCCAAGCCCGCCCCUGCCGCCCCCGCCCCCGUUGAGCCUCGUGUCACCAUCAAGCAGACUCACAUCCAGGGGAUUUUGGAUUCCACCGUCAAGGGCCACCCGCUGGACUCGGACUGGGCUGCUUGA